GUCAAGUUUUAUCGAUAUCGAAAUAUAUAAUAAAAUACACGUUACGUCUCUAUCCAGUGAUGCCCUCUACUUCGUAGUUAGAGGACGCGUUCAAAACUUCACACAAUGCAGACUUUUGAAGCGACAGAACACCAGCACGUCAGGUAUAAUCCCCUCAAGGAUGAAUGGAUCCUUGUGUCCCCUCAUCGCUGCAAGAGACCCUGGAGCGGGCAGACGGAACAGGCGCCAGAGGAACAGCCACCUGAUCCCAACAAUCCAUUAAAAGCUGGAGCUACCAGAGCUAAUGGACAGAAAAAUCCAAACUACACGUCUACCUACGUGUUCCCAAACGACUUCCCAGCUCUGCUGGAACGCGUACCGGAGCCGCCUACACCUGACCAUCCACUGUUUCAGGCAUCCCAGGCGAAAGGGACUUGCAGGGUGAUGUGCUUCCAUCCAGAUUCUACGAUGACAAUUCCCUUGAUGUCCGUUCAAGAAAUAACAGCUGUCAUUAAUGAAUGGAUCAACCAGCUAGAAGAGCUCGGAAGGCGUUACACAUGGGUACAGAUAUUUGAAAAUAAGGGCGCCGUCAUGGGCUGUUCCAAUCCUCAUCCCCAUUGUCAGAUCUGGGCUUCCAGUUUCCUUCCCAAUGAACCAAGAGUGAAGGAGAGAUGCCAAAGGGAGUAUUACACUAAAUUCGGAAAGUCGCUGUUAGUGGAUUACCUAGAACAGGAACUAAAACAGAAGGAACGUAUAGUUGUCCAGAAUUCUGAAUGGGUAGCGCUUGUGCCAUACUGGGCGGCGUGGCCGUAUGAAACAAUGCUAUUGCCAACGAGAAACAAUCCACAGAGGAUGACAGACUUAAACGAGAGUCAGAAGGUGGCGUUGGCGGACAUUAUGAAACUCUUGUGUACCAAAUAUGAUAAUCUAUUUAACUGCAGCUUCCCUUAUAGCAUGGGGUGGCAUGGAGCACCAACAGGCUCAUCGAAAAAACCAGGUGAUUCCCCUCACUGGCUGUUCCACGGCAUUUACUUACCACCGCUACUCCGUUCGGCUACCGUUAAGAAGUUUAUGGUUGGUUACGAAAUGCUGGCGCAACCGCAACGGGAUCUCACACCGGAACAAGCGGCUCAGAAACUGAGAGAGUGUGACGUAGUUCAUUAUAAGAAUAAAAAAUAAUGUCUUCGCUUACGUAGUCAAUUAAAAAAAGCGUUUUGCUUUAUGGUGUAAAUAACAGUCAUUUUUAUGUUUUUUUUUUUA